AACUAAAAAGAAGGAAAGGAAAAAAAAAGUUGAAAACAUGAAAUUGAUUGUAUUUUCCGUUUGUUUGCUAAUCGGCAUUGCCGCAGUCCUUGGAUCUUCAGACAACGGUCACUUCAUACCUAAAGCAUUUUAUACCCUUGAUGAGCAUGGACAUAAGACUGAAUUGCAUUCUAUUGAUCCACAUACUGUGCAUUAUCUCAAGCGCUUACGCAGGGAUAUUCGUAACAGGAAAUUCAAAUUUUGAACACAGAUAACGGAUUGCGAGACAAUGGAAGAGGUGACCAUAUUUGGAAAGCAUAUGGAAUCUAUUGCAGACGAAUUAUAUGAAAAUU